UGGAAGAGGGCGGCGAAUCAAAAGUGUAAUUUUCCUACAAAAACCUGAAGCUUUCAGAAAUCCGUCCUUUCUCUCUCUACAAAUCUUCAACCGCUUGCCUUUCUCUGCAACUUGUACUCUCUCAAGCUAAAUUCACCAAAGCUUUCCGCAGUACAAUCAUAUAUUUACACAGCAUCUACAUACUUAUAUGUACUUUUUGCAAGUAUAAAUGAUAAUUUGUUAUAUAAUUUUAGUUCAUUCAUACUACCAGUAUACUCCCCAUGCAUCUGUACAUGUAAAUCAGAGUACAGCUAUGCUUUCUCCCUGUUUGGUCUCUGUUUAUUCAAUCCUCUGGCACCCGAGCAACUAUUGCCCAGCCUAAUAAAACUUGAUAUAACAUCUUAUAUCUUGUUCUGCGUGAAGAGAAAAAGAUCGAGAGAGAGGGGCAAUUAAGAAUAGGGGUUUGUCACAUGAUGCUGCUCCGACUUUCAAAUCCUAUGGGGUUCCUCAUGGCUCAACUGGUAUGCCUUUCUAUUACAAUUAUUUACAAUAUUUUCUCUUUUUCUCAUGAUUUUGAGUGGAAUUGCGAAAGAUGUUGAUUUUAAUCUUGUUUGUUUGUGUGUAUUUGUUUGUUUGUUUAAUCCCUGUGUUUUGUUUGGUUUUUGGUGUUUUGGGCGAUUUUCGUGUAACAUGUGAUACGCUUCGUUGUUCGCUUCGCAUACGACGAGGCAACUUGAUCGAUAGCAUAGCGGUGGUGGCCGAUGGUGGCGGUGACGACGGUUUCAGGACGGGAUCCGGUUUCAGAAAGGAAAACGCGCUAAUUGUGCCUUAAUUGAGGGCGGAUUCUUGGAAGAAGGCCGGUUUUCUUUUCGGACAUUAAAGUUUUAUUGUCUAAAUUUCCCCGGUCAUCUUGCAUGUCCGACGGUUAGAUAAUAAGCUUUCUUGAAUGAAAGAAUUAUCACGGUGAAUUGCCGAUUCUCGUUGAGAUUUAUUCUCAUUUUCAAAAAAAAAAAAAAAAAAAAAGUGUAAUUCUAGGAAUAAAGAAUUCGGUAAAGUUGUAUGAGAAGAUGAGUGGAGUAAUUUUCGCUGUAAUAAUAUUAUAAUAUUGGAGAAACGAGAGAUUCAAAGUGACAUACAUAUAAUAAUUACCUGCAAAAUCACUAUUCUAAAAAAAUUUCAUUUAUUUAAAAAUUCCUAGCUAACUUUUGAAUAUUUUUCCUGAUUUAUUGAUCGAAUUCGACUAAAAAGCCUUGUUCAUAAAAUAUUUAUAAUAUAAAUUCUGAAUUGAUAAAUAAAUCAGUUAUGCUGUGUUCACUUGGAUGGAAUGAAAUGAGUGGAGAAUGUAAUUAAAAAAAUAUAUAUAAAUUUUAAAGAGAAAAAAAAAAAAAGAUAAUAGCGACAAAAUAUGAAUGUAUUUUAAUUUUUUAUGACAAAGAUAGUAAAGAAAGUAGAUGCAAUUUCAUAGUCAAAACUUUUCAUUCUUGUUAAUAUAAACACAUGUAUAUAAUCACCAGCUCAAGAGCAGUGAUUUGACUCUAUGAUUCAACAACUACAUUAGCUUGGUACAUAACAUUAUCAACUCUGAUUAUAAAACUCAUGCAAGAGGUGACAAUGUAGAAAAGCCUUGGCAACUUUAAUUCCAAUCAUAUCAACUCAAACAACAACAAAACCAUCUCAGGUCGAAAAAAUGGCAGCCGAAGCAACAACCAGCACAUAUCCUAUCAAGACAAUAGUCCUUGUAGUCCAAGAAAACCGAUCAUUCGACCACAUGUUAGGAUGGAUGAAAUCCCUAAACGACAACAUCAAUGGUGUGACCGGAGGCGAAUCCAAUCCCCUAUCCGCCUCCGAUCCAUCCUCAGGACGCGUCUUCUUCGGUGACGGGUCUGGCUACAGCGAGCCAGACCCCGGUCACUCACUAGAAGCCACACAUCAACAACUCCACGGAGCAACCUUAACUUCUACUACUUUUUCUUCCAAUAGUACUGGCAGCAUUCGUGUUCCCACAAUGCAAGGCUUCGCUGAACAAGCCGAGAGUAUUAACAAAGGCAUGUCUGAUGUCGUCAUGAACGGAUUUAAACCAGAAAUGGUGCCUGUUUACAAGGAAUUGGUGCAGGAAUUUGCGGUGUGUGACAGAUGGUUCGCGUCGAUUCCAACACUGACGCAGCCUAAUAGAUUGUACAUACAUUCGGCUACUUCUUAUGGUGCUACCGAAAAUGAUACGAGUAUGUUGAUUAAAGGGUAUCCGCAGAAGACCAUUUUUGAGUCGUUGGAAGAAGGGGGUUGCAGUUUCGGGAUCUAUCAUCAGUAUCCUCCCAACACACUUUUCUUUAGGAAUAUGAGAAAGCUUAAGUACAUAGACAAUUACCAUCAGUUUGAUCUGCAAUUCAAGGACCACUGCGAAAAAGGGAAAUUACCAAACUAUGUGGUGAUUGAGAACCGAUAUCUUGACACUAAAUUGUUGCCUGGAAACGAUGAUCACCCUGCUCAUGAUGUUUCGGAAGGCCAGAAAUUUGUGAAACAAGUUUAUGAAGCAUUGAGAUCAAGUCCGCAAUGGAAUGAGAUUUUGUUUUUGAUUAUUUAUGACGAACAUGGCGGUUUCUAUGAUCAUGUCCCUCCUCCAAUCACCGGAGUGCCCAGUCCCGAUGACAUCGAUGGCCCUGAGCCGUAUAAAUUCAAAUUCGACCGGCUAGGAGUUAGGGUGCCUGUUAUUAUGGUUUCUCCCUGGAUCGAACGAGGAACAGUAUUGCAUGGGCCUUCAGGACCGUAUCCAACUUCAGAGUUCGAGCAUUCUUCAAUUGCAGCAACUAUUAAGAAGAUCUUCAAUUUAAAUGACUUUUUGACAAAGAGAGAUGCAUGGGCUGGCACUUUUGAAGGUGUUGUUAACAGGACUAGCCCGAGACAAGAUUGUCCAGAAAAAUUAUCAGAGCCUGUGAAGAUGCGCGAUUUUGAACCAAACGAAGACGAAGCAAAGCUGACUGAUUACCAAGGAGAAAUGGUGCAAAUGGCUGCAACACUGAACGGUGACCAUAACAAGGAUAUUUACCCUCACAAACUAGUCGAAAAUAUGACAGUUUCCCAGGCAGUUACAUACGUGGGAGACGCUUAUAAAGUGUACUGUGAGGAGUGCACCAAAGCUAAAGAAAGCGGAGCUGAUGAACAUCAUGUUGUGUCUUUUGAAGCUCUGCUUCCAAAAUCAUAUCCAAAAUCUUUUGGCCAGAAGUUGUUUUCGUGCUUGAUUUGUGAUAAUUAGAUUGAUUCAUUUGUUUAUGUUCAUUUUCUUCCUAUUUUUUAAAAUAAAAUUUUGUUGAUUUUCAGCUAGUAAUUGUAUCCAUAUCGUUUGAAAUGAUUGAAAUCAUGUGUUGCAUAGGCA